AUGACGAUUUCCUUGCUGGGUUUUAUCUUUCUCUUGCUCCAUGAUGUGACCUGUGAGAAGCCCCUGGAAGGAAUUAUCUCCUCUUUGGCUUGGCGCUUCACUCACCCCCUUUACAAUGCCACAAUCUACGAAAACUCUGCUCCCAAGACCUACGUGGAGAGCUCUGAGAAGAUGGGCAUCUACCUGGAGGAACCUCAGUGGGCGGUGAGGUACCGGAUCAUCUCUGGCGACGUGGCCAAUGUGUUCAAAACAGAGGAGUAUGUGGUGGGCAACUUCUGCUUCCUGAGAAUAAGGACAAAAAGCAGCAACACAGCCCUUCUGAACAGGGAGGUUCGAGAUAGCUACACCCUCAUCAUCCAAGCUACUGAGAAGACCUUGGAACUUGAAGCACUGACCCGUGUAGUGGUGCAUAUCCUAGACCAGAACGACCUGAAGCCUCUUUUCUCCCCACCUUCAUACAAAGUCACCAUCUCUGAGGACAUGCCCCUCAAGAGCCCUAUCUGCAAGGUGACCGCCACAGAUGCUGACCUGGGCCAGAACGCCGAGUUUUACUACGCCUUUAACACAAGGUCUGAGAUGUUUGCCAUCCAUCCCACCAGUGGCGUGGUGACCGUGGCUGGGAAACUCAACAUCACCUGGCGAGGGAAAUAUGAACUCCAGGUGCUGGCUGUAGAUCGCAUGCGGAAAAUCUCCGAGGGCAACGGCUUUGGCAACUUGGCUGCGCUUGUCAUUCACGUGGAGCCUGUGCUCCGGAAGCCCCCAGCCAUUUCCUCGGUAAUAGUGAUUCCACCAGAUGGCAAUGAGGGAGCCAUCUAUGCCACUGUCACGGUGGAUGCCAGCAGCUCCGGAGCUCUGAUGGACUCAUUGGACAUUGUUGGUGGUGACCCUGGAAAGCAUUUCAAAGCCAUCAAAUCUUAUGCCCAGAGUAAUAAGUUCAGUUUGGUGUCUGUCAAAGAUAUCAACUGGAUGGAGCACCCCCAUGGAUUCAACCUCAGCCUCCAGGCCAGGAGUAGGAACAGGCCUGCAUUUUAUUCUCAGAUCCGGGGCUUUCACCUACCCGCUUCUAAACUGGCCUCCCUCAAAUUUGAGAAGGCAGUUUAUAGAGUGCAGCUUAGUGAGUUUUCUCCGCCUGGCAGCCGUGUGGUGUUGGUGAAAGUAACUCCAGCCUUCCCCAACUUGCGGUAUGUUCUAAAGCCAUCCACGGGGAGUACAGGGUUUAAUCUUAAUGCGCACACUGGGCUGAUCACAACUACAAAGUUCUUAGACUUCAAUGACCAAGCCCACUACCAGUUACACAUCAGAACCUCAUUGGGUCUGGCCUCCACCGUAGUGGUCAUUGACAUAAAGGACUGUAACAACCAUGCCCCCAUCUUCAACAGGUCUUCCUAUGAUGCCACCUUUGAUGAGAACAUCCCCCCAGGCACCAGCAUUUUGACUGUUACUGCCACAGACCAGGAUCAUGGGGAGAAUGGCUAUGUCACCUAUUCCAUUGCUGGCCCCCAAGCUGUACCCUUUUCUAUUGACCCUUAUCUGGGGAUCAUCUCCACAUCCAAACCUAUGGACUAUGAGCUCAUGAAAAGAAUUUACACCUUCCGGGUAUGGGCAUCAGAUUGGGGAUCUCCAUUUCGCCGGGUAAAGGAAGUGCCCAUUUCUCUCAGUCUUAAGAACUUAAAUGACAAUCAGCCUGCAUUUGAGGAAGUCAACUGCACUGGGUCUAUCCGGGAAGACUCGCCGGUCGGGAAAUCAAUAAUGACCAUGUCGGCCAUAGAUGUAGAUGAGCUUCAGAAUCUGAAAUAUGAGAUUGUGUCUGGCAAUGAACUAGGAUAUUUUGAUAUAAAUCAUUUCUCUGGAGAGAUAACCCUCAACCGUGCUUUUGUGAAUCAUACCGCUGUUCGACCUACUAACUAUUCCCUGCAAAUUACAGCCUCAGACGGGAAAUACUAUGCAUUGCCUGCCACUUUGAACAUUACUGUGGUAAAGGACUCUCGUUUUGAGGUCCCUGUGAUGUGUGAUAAAACAGGAGUCUUGACACAAUUCACAAAAACCAUCAUUCUUCACUCAGCUGGACUUCAAAAUCAGGAAUCCAUUGCUGAGGAGUUUGCAUUCCUAAGUACCUAUCAGAUCAAUCAUCACACCCCUAAGUUUGAGGAUCACUUCCCCCAGUCCAUUGACAUCCUUGAGAGCGUUCCGGUCAAUACGCCUCUAGCCCACCUGGCAGCCAUGGACCCCGAUGCCAACUUCAAUGGCAAACUGGUGUACGUGAUUGCAGGCGGCAAUGAGGAGGGUGGCUUUGACAUUGAACUGGAGACAGGGCUGCUUAGUGUGGCUGCCUCCUUGGACUAUGAAACCACUAGUUUCUACAUCCUCAACAUAACAGUGUAUGACCUGGGCGUGCCCCAGAAGUCCUCCUGGAAGCUCCUGACAGUGAAUGUGAUAGACUGUAAUGAUAAUGCUCCCACGUUCCCUCCGGGUGGGUACCAGGUAACCAUCUCGGAGGACACACGAGCUGGGAGCACAAUUGCAGAGCUGAAGGCAGAAGAUGCCGAUUCAGAGGACAAUGGAAGAGUCCGAUAUACACUACUAAGUCCCACAGAGAAGUUUUCCCUGCACCCCCUCACUGGGGACCUGGUUGUCACAGGACACUUGGACCGGGAAUCAGAGUCUCAAUAUAUAUUCAAGGUGGAGGCCAGAGACCAGUCCAGGAAGGACCAUCAGCUUUUCUCUGUCACUGACCUGAUAGUGACAUUGGAAGACACCAAUGACAACUCUCCUCAGUGCUUCACAGAACUCAGCAGUCUCAAGGUCCCAGAGGACCUUCCUGUGGGGACGAUCCUGACAUUUCUGGAUGCCUAUGAUCCUGACUUGGGUCCUGCUGGAGAAGUGCAAUAUAUCCUAUUAGAUGAUGUCCAUGGCACUUUCCGAGUGGACGUGGCCACUGGAGCUCUCAGUCUGGAGAAAGAGCUGGACUUUGAGGGGCGAGCUGGAUACAAUCUGAGCCUGUGGGCCAGUGAUAACGGGAAGCCCGUGGCCCGCCGGACCCUCUGCCACGUGGAGGUGAUAGUCCUGGAUGUGAAUGAGAAUCUCCACCCUCCCCGCUUUAUGUCCUCUGUGCACCAGGGCCAGGUGCAGGAGGACAGCCCCUCAGGAACGCAGGUGAUGGUAGUGGCCGCCCAUGAUGAUGAUGACGGUUUGGAUGGGGAGCUCCAGUACUCUUUGCGAGCUGGCACUGGCCUUGCAGCCUUCAGCAUUAACCAAGACACAGGAGUGAUUCAGACUAUCACACCCCUGGACCGAGAAUUUCUAUCCUACUACUGGUUGACUGUACUGGCAGUGGACAAGGGAUCUGUGCCCCUCUCAUCAGUAACUGAAGUCUACAUUGAGGUGACGGAUGUCAAUGACAACCCACCCCGGAUGUCCAGACCUGUGUUCUACCCUUCUGUCCAGGAGGAUGUACCCUUGAAUACCUCUGUGCUCCAGCUGGAUGCCUGGGAUCCAGAUUCCAGCUCCAAUGGGAAGCUGACCUUCAACAUCACCAGUGGGAACCACAUGGGAUUUUUUACUAUCCAUCCUUUCACAGGUCUGCUAGCCACGGGUAGGCAGCUAGACCGAGAGAGUAAGGAUGAACACAUCCUGGAGGUAACUGUGCUGGACAAUGGGCAGCCUCCCCUGAAAUCCACCUCCAGGGUGGUGGUACGUGUCUUGGAUGUCAAUGACAAUCCACCUGUGUUCUCCCACAAACUUUUCAAUGUCCGCCUUCCAGAGAGACUGAGUCUGGCGACCCCUGGGCCUGUGUACAGGCUGGUGGCUUCAGACUUGGAUGAAGGUCUUAAUGGCAGAGUCACCUACAGUAUUGAGGAGACUGAUGAGGAAGGCUUCAGCAUCGACCCAGUCACAGGCAUGGUGUCAUCCAGCAACACCUUUGCAGCUGGAGAGUACAACAUUCUCACAAUCAAAGCAACAGACAGUGGACAGCCACCACUCUCAGCCACUGUCCGGCUACACAUUGAGUGGAUCCCCCGGCCCCGGCCUUCCUCUAUACCCAUGGCCUUUGAUGAGACCCACUACAGCUUUACUGUCAUGGAGACGGACCCAGUGAACCACAUGGUGGGGGUCAUCAGUGUUGAGGGCCGUCCUGGUCUCUUCUGGUUCAAUAUCUCAGGUGGUGAUAAGGACAUGGACUUUGACAUUGAGAAGACGACAGGCAGCAUUGUCAUAGCCAGGCCCCUUGAUACAAGGAGGAGGGCAAGCUACAACUUGACUGUGGAGGUGACAGAUGGAUCCCAUGUCAUUGCCACACAGGUCUAUGUUUUUAUGGUAGCCAAUGUCAACCACCAUCGCCCUCAGUUUCUGGAGUCUCAUUAUGAAGUUAAAGUUCCCCAGGGCACCCUGCCUGGGGUCGAGCUUCUCCGAGUCCAGGCCACUGAUCAAGACAAGGGCAAAGGUCUCAUCUACACAAUACAUGGCAGCCAAGACCCAGGAAGUGCCAGCCUCUUCCAGUUGGACCCUAGCAGUGGUAUCUUGGUGACAGUGGGGAAACUGGGCCUGGGCACAGGGCCUUCCCAGCACACACUGACAGUUAUGGUCCGAGAUCAGGAGAUGCCAAUCAAGAGAAACUUUGUAUGGGUGACCAUCCAUGUGGAGGAUGAAAACCUCCACCCACCCCGCUUCACUCAGCUCCAGUAUGAGGCAAGUGUCCCUGACAGCGUAGCUCCUGGCACUGAUCUGCUACAGGUCCGAGCCAUGGACGACGACCGGGGAGCCAAUGCUGAGGUUCACUAUUCCCUCCAGAAAGGGAACAGCAAGGGUUUCUUCAGCAUCAAUGCUCUACUAGGCAUCAUCACUGUAGCCCAGAAACUCGAUCAGGCAAGUCAUGCCCAACACACUCUGACAGUGAAGGCAGAAGAUCAAGGCUCCCCACAGCGUCAUGACCUGGCUACCGUGGUCAUUCAUGUCCACCCCUCAGACAGCAGUGCCCCCGUCUUUUCAAAAGCUGAGUACUUUGUAGAGAUCCCUGAAUUAAUCCCUGUUGGCUCCCCAAUCCUCCUGGUCUCAGCUACGAGCUCCUCUGAAGUUACCUAUGAGUUGAGAGAGGGAAACAAGGAUGGUGUCUUUUCCAUGAACUCAUAUUCUGGCCUCAUUUCCACCAAGAAGAGUUUGGACCAUGAGAAAAUAUCAUCUUACCAGCUAAAAAUCCGAGGUAGCAAUAUGGCAGGUGCAUCAACUGAUGUUGUGGUGCUUGUUUACAUAAUUGAUGAAAAUGACAAUGCACCCAUGUUCUCAAAACCAACAUUUGUGGGUCAAAUUAGUGAAGCAGCUCCAUUGCACAGUAUGGUCAUGGAUGAGAACAAUAGCCCCUUUGUGAUUCAUGCCACCGACGGUGACAAAGAAGCUAACUCUUUAUUGGUCUAUAAAAUUUUGGAGCCAGAAGCCUUGAAGUUUUUCAAAAUUGAUCCCAGCAUGGGCACACUGACCAUUGUAUCAGAAAUGGAUUACGAGAGCAUACCUUCUUUCCAAUUCAACGUCUAUGUCCAUGACCAAGGAACCCCCAUCUUAUAUGCACCCAAGCCUGCCCUGGUCAUCAUCAGUGUCAGAGAUGUGAAUGAUUCUCCUCCUAGGUUCUUAGACCCAAUAUAUGAAGUAGCAGUUCUUCAGCCCACCCAUCCAGGGAUGGAGCUUCUUGUUGUGCGGGCCAAUGAUGAUGAUUCAGAAGUUAAUUACAGCAUCAAAAAGGGAAAUGCUGAUGAAGCUGUCACCAUCCAUCCCAUCACUGGCCUCAUAUCUGUAUUAAAUCCUGCUUUCCUAGUACACUCUCGAGAGCUCACCAUCAAGGCUUCUGAUGGGCUCUAUCAAGACACUGCAUUAGUAAAAAUGACAUUGACCCAAGCCCUCAAUACAAGCUUACAAUUUGACCAGCAUGUCUACAGGGCAGCAGUGAAGGAGAACUUAAAGAUCAAGAAGGCCCUGGUGAUUCUUGGCGUCCAGGGCAAUCACUUAAAUGAUACCCUUUCCUACUUCCUUUUGAAUAACACAGAUAAGUUUUAUAUGAUCAGAUCAUCAGGUGUGUUGCAGACAAGAGGUGUAGCAUUUGACCGUGAGCGACAGGACCUUCAUGAGGUGGCUGUGGAAGUGAGGGACAAUCGCACCCCUCAGCGAGUGGCUCAGGCUCUGGUCAGGGUUUCUGUUGAGGAUGUCAAUGACAAUCCCCCCGAGUUUCAGCAUCUGCCCUACUACACGAUCAUUCAAGAUGGCACAGAGCCAGGGGAUGUCCUCUUUCAAGUAACUGCCACUGACCAAGACUUGGGGGUAAAUGGGGCUGUCACAUAUGCAUUUGCAGAAAAUUAUACCUAUUUCAGAAUUGACCCCUACCUUGGGGACAUAUCACUCAAGAAACCUUUUGAUUAUCAAGCUUUAAAUAAAUAUCGCCUCAAAGUCAUUGCUCAGGAUAAAGGAACCCCAUCUCUCCAGACUGAGGAAGAGGUCUUUGUCACUGUGAGAAAUAAAUCCAACCCUUUGUUUCAGAGUCCUUACUACAAAGUCAAAGUGCCUGAAAAUAUUACACUCUAUACCCCAAUCCUUCACACCCAGGCUCGGAGCCCAGAGGGACUGCGGCUCAUUUAUAACAUUGUGGAGGAAGAGCCUUUGAUGCUCUUUACCACUGACUUCAAGACUGGUGUCCUGACAGUGACAGGACCUUUGGACUAUGAGUCCAAAACCAAACAUGUAUUCACAGUCAGAGCCACAGACACAGCUCUGGGAUCAUUUUCUGAAGCCACAGUGGAAGUCUUAGUAGAGGACAUCAAUGAUAACCCCCCCACUUUCUCCCAAUUAGUCUAUACCACUUCAGUCUCUGAGGGCUUACCUGCCCAAACCCCUGUGAUCCAACUGCUGGCUUCUGACCAGGAUUCAGGAAAGAACCGUGAUGUCUCCUAUCAGAUUGUGGAGGAUGGGUCAGAUGUGUCCAAGUUCUUCCAGAUCAAUGGGAGUACCGGGGAAAUGUCCACAGUUCAAGAGCUGGAUUAUGAAGCUCAACAGCACUUUCAUGUGAAGGUCAGGGCCAUGGAUCGGGGAGACCCUCCACUUACUGGUGAAACUCUCGUGGUUGUUAAUGUGUCUGACAUCAAUGACAACCCCCCAGAGUUUCGGCAACCCCAAUAUGAGGCCAAUGUCAGUGAACUAGCAACCUGUGGACACUUGGUCCUCAAAGUCCAAGCAAUUGACCCUGACAGCAGGGAUAAUCCCAAUUUGGAGUACCUGAUUCUCUCUGGUAAUCAGGACAGGCAUUUCUCCAUUGACCGUUCAUCAGGAAUCAUUUCCAUGUUGAAUCUUUGUAAAAAGCACCUGGAUUCUUCUUACAAAUUACGGGUAGGUGCUUCUGAUGGGGUCUUCCGAGCAGCUGUGCCUGUGUAUAUCAACACAACAAAUGCAAACAAGUUCAGUCCGGAGUUCCAGCAGCACAUUUAUGAGGCAGAAUUAGCAGAAAAUGCAAGGGUGGGAACCAAGGUGAUUGAGUUGCUAGCCAUAGAUAAAGACAGUGGUCCCUAUGGCACAGUAGAUUAUACCAUCAUCAACAAGCUGGCAGGUGAAAAGUUCUCCAUAAACCCCAGUGGCCAGAUCACCACUCUGCAGAAACUGGAUCGGGAAAACUCAACAGAAAGAGUCAUUGCUAUUAAGGUUAUGGCCCGGGACGGAGGAGGAAGGGUGGCCUUCUGCACUGUGAAGAUCAUCCUCACAGAUGAAAAUGACAACGCUCCACAGUUCAAAGCAUCUGAGUACACAGUGUCCAUUCAGUCCAAUGUCAGCAGGGACUCUCCGGUCAUCCAGGUGCUGGCCUAUGAUGCAGAUGAAGGUCGGAAUGCAGAUGUCACCUAUUCAGUGGACUCAAUGGAGGAUGUGGCUGAGGAAGUCAUUGAAGUCAACCCCACCACUGGUGUUAUCAAGGUGAAAGAAAGUCUGGUGGGAUUGGAAAAUCGAGCCUUUGACUUCAAAAUUAAAGCCCAAGAUGGAGGCCCUCCUCACUGGGACUCUCUAGUGCCAGUACAGUUGCAGGUAGUUUCCAAUGAAGCACCCCUGCCCAAAUUUUCCGAACCCCUGUACACUUUCUCUGCACCUGAAGACCUCCCAGAGGGGUCUGAUAUUGGGCUUGUUAAGGCAGUGGCAGCUCAAGAUCCAGUUAUCUACAGUCUAGUACAAGGCACCACGCCAGAGAGCAACAAGGAUGGUGUCUUCUCCUUGGACCAAAACACAGGAGUCCUAAAGGUGAAGAAGGCCAUGGACUAUGAGUCCACCAAGUGGUACCAGAUUGAUGUCAUGGCGCAUUGCUCCCAUGAGGACACUGACUUGAUCUCUUUGGUAUCCAUUAAUAUCCAAGUGAAGGACGUCAAUGACAACAGGCCCAUUUUUGAAGCUGAUCCAUACAAGGCCUUUCUUACUGAGAAUAUGCCAGUAGGGACCACAGUCAUUCAGGUGACUGCGAAUGACCAGGACACUGGGAGUGAUGGCCAAGUGAGCUACAGACUGGCAGUAGACUCUGGUAGCAAUGCCCAUGAGCUCUUUGCCAUCGACAGCGAGAGUGGCUGGAUCACCACUCUCCAGGAACUUGACAGUGAGACUCGCCAGACGUACCACUUCUAUGUGGUAGCCUAUGACCAUGGCCGAACCCUCCAGCUGUCGUCUCAGGCCCUGAUUGAAGUUGCCAUCACAGAUGAGAAUGACAAUGCGCCUCGCUUUGCUGCUGAAGACUACAGAGGCUUUGUGGUUGAGAACAGUGAGCCUGGUGAACUUGUGGCUACUCUGAAGACUCUAGAUGAUGACAUCUCUGAGCAGAAUAGACAAGUCACCUGCUAUAUCACAGAGGGAGAUCCCCUGGGCCAGUUUGGCAUCAGCCAAGUUAAAGAUGAGUGGAGAAUUUUCUCAAGGAAGACCCUGGAUCGUGAGCUCGUUGCCAAGUACUUGCUCAGUGUUACAGCCUCUGAUGGCAAGUUCCAGGCUUCUGUCCCUGUGGAGAUCUUUGUCCUGGACAUCAAUGAUAACAGCCCCCAGUGCUCACAGCUCCUCUAUACCAGUAAAGUCAGUGAAGAUGUGUCUCCGGGACACUCCAUUCUGAAAGUUUCAGCCACAGACUUGGACAUUGACACAAACGCUCAGAUCACAUAUUCCCUCCAUGGCCCUGGGUCUGAGGAGUUCAAGCUGGACCUCCACACAGGGGAGCUGACCACACGUACAGCUUUAGACCGAGAGAGGAAAGAUGUAUACAACCUUGUUGCCAAGGCAACAGAUGGAGGUGGCAGGUCAUGCCACGCAGAUGUGACCAUCCAUGUGGAGGAUGUGAAUGACAACGCCCCACGGUUCUUCCCCAACCACUGCUCUGUGGCUGUCUUCGACAACACCACGGUUAAGACCCCUGUGGCUGUGGUAUUUGCCCGGGAUCCUGACCAAGGUUGCCAUAACCCUUCAAAAUGGUUUAUAUUCCAGUCCAAAUAUUGCACCAAAAAUGUCCCAUAUGUAGCCUGCUCAGCAUGGGUAUCAGCGACUGAUGAAGAUGGGCCCCUCAACAGUGCCAUCACCUAUAGCCUGGUAGGAGGGAACCAACUUGGGCACUUCACCAUCCACCCCAAGAAGGGGGAACUUCAGGUAGCCAAGGCCCUGGACUGGGAGCAGACAACUAAAUACUUGCUGAGACUUCGUGCCACAGACAAUGGAAAGCCUCCACUCCAUGAGGACACUGACAUCGAUAUCCAAGUGGUUGAUGUCAACGAUAAUUCACCUAGAUUCUUCCAGCUCAACUACAGCACCACUGUCCAGGAGAACUCCCCCAUUGGCAGCAAAGUCUUGCAACUGAUCCUGAGUGACCCAGACUCCCCAGAGAAUGGGCCUCCUUACUCAUUCCAAAUCACCAAGGGAAACAUUGGAUCUGCCUUCCGUGUGACCCCAGAAGGGUGGCUGGUAACCACUGCAGGCCUGAGCAGAAGGGCACAGGAGUGGUAUGAGCUUCAGAUAGAGGUGUCAGACAGCGGCAUCCCUCCUCUCUCCUCUUUGACAUCUGUCAGCGUUCACGUUACAGAACAGAGCCACUAUCCACCCUCUGCUCUUCCGCUGGAGAUCUUCAUCACCAUUGGGGAAGAGGAAUUCCAGGGCGGCCUGGUGGGUAAAAUCCAUGCCACGGACCGUGAUCCUCAGGACACGUUGACCUAUAGCCUGGCGGGAGAGGAGACCCUGAGCAAGCAUUUCUCAGUGGGUGCCCCUGAUGGCAAAAUCAUUGCCACCCAGGGACUGCCACGUGGCCGCUAUGCAUUCAAUGUCACCGUCAGCGAUGGGUCCUUCACCACAACUGCUGGGGUCCACGUCCAUGUGUGGCACAUGGGGAAGGAAGCUCUGCAGGAGGCCAUGUGGAUGGGUUUUCACCAGCUCACUCCGGAGGAGUUAGUGAGCGAUCACUGGCGGAACCUGCAAAGGUUCCUCAGCAACAAGCUGGACAUCAAAAGAGCCAACAUCCACUUGGCCAGCCUCCAGCCUGCAGAGGCCAUGGCUGGUGUAGAUGUGCUGCUGGUCUUUGAGGGACAUUCCAGGACCUCUUACAAGCUUCAGGAAUUGGCAUCCAUCAUCACUCGCUCAGCCAAAGAAAUAGAGCACGCAGUGGGAAUUCAGAUGAGGUCAGCCAUGCCUGUGGUACCCUGCCAGGGGACAAGCUGCCAGGGUCAAAUCUGCCAAGAGCUAGUGCACCUGGACCCCAAGGUUGGACCCACAUACAGCACGGCCAGGCUCAGCAUCCUGACCCCACGGCACUACCUGAAGAGGAACUGCUCCUGCAAUGAUACCGCUGUGAGGUUCAGUGGUCAGAGCUAUGUGCACUAUCGGCUCCCAGAAGCACAUAACUGGCACAUUCAUUUCCGCCUGAAGACACUGCAGCCACAUGCAAUCGUCCUGGUUACCAACGCGACCGUGUCCAUCUCCCUGAGGUUGCUUGGUGGAGUGCUUCACCUGGAAUAUCGAUGCCCAGGCGGUUUCCUUGGAAAUCUUUCCUCACAGCGCCAUGUGAAUGAUGGCAAGUGGCAUCCAGUCCUGUUGGAGAAGACUGCCACCUCCGCUGGCCUGCGGGUUGAUGGUGCAGGAAACAGCUCCCUUGUGCUCCCAGAGAACUGUCGUGGACUGGGGCUUAAAAGAGACCUCUUCCUGGGUGGCUUUGUCCUCUCGCAUUCUUCCCAAAAUGUCUCUCAAGGCUUUGAAGGUUGCUUGGAUGCGGUUACAGUUAACAGAGAGGCACUGGAGCUGCUGGUCCAUGGCAGGAAGGUGGCCCACUUGUUGGAGAAGCAGGCCCUCACACAGUGCUGCCCCCUCACUGAUGGCUGCAGCUGGGAUUUGUGCCUCAAAGGUGGGAAUUGUUCCCAGACUCGUGGAGCAGGCUAUGUCUGUGAAUGCCCCCCACAAUUGUCUGGGAAGCAGUGUGGACAAGGAAAGGAGAAUUGCACAUCUACAAUGUCCCCCGGAGGAACUGCCUGUAGCUGCCCUUACCCUUACACUGGAGACAGGUGUGAAAUGGAGGCAAGAGGUUGCUCAAAAGGACGGUGCCUCGUUACUCCUGAGAUUGAAAGAGGGGACUGGAUGCUAACGAUUAUCACAGUGGUAGUGCCAGUCAUCCUGUCCAUCGGGGCCAUUGUGGUGGUCUUGCUUUACUGCCAUCGUUGCAAGUCUCACAAACCAGUAGCCAUGGAGGACCCAGAUAUCCUGGCCAGGAGUGUUGGUGUUGACACUCAAGCCAUGCCUCCUAUUGAACUCAACCCCCUAAGCACCAGCUCCUGCAACAACUUGAACCAAGCAGAACCAAGCAAGAGCAUCAGAGACUGCAGCCUACACUAUGCACUGCAUCUCAAUGUCGUGAAAACAAAAAUCCAGACUUAA